AUGGAGGAGAACGCCGUAAUACUGAAUAAAAGAAACUUCGGUGGUCGAAGAAAGAUUCAAAUCAAGAAAAUUGAGAAGAAGAAGAACUUGCUAGUCUCGUUUUCUAAACGUCGUGCAGGCUUGUUCAAGAAAGCUGAGGAAUACAGCAAAAAAUCUGGGGCUCAAGUUGCUAUCCUUGUCCAAUCUCCAGGUGGUAGAUUCUUUACCUUCGGUGGUCCUGACUCUGCUUCGGUAGACUCCAUUCUUGACCAGUAUCUUGCUGGCAUGAUGCCUUCAUCUUCAAGUUCUGCUUCUUGUAAGAAUGGUACUGUUGUUGAUGAUCAGGGAAAGAGUAAGCCCGUAGAGAUUGAAGAAAAUACUAUGGAAGAAGAGGUUAUAGAGCAGGGAUUGAUGGAAACUAACCAGGUCAGUGAUGGAAAAGAAUCCUUGUUGAAACAGCCGUUGGAUAAUGAUGAUCUUCAACGAGUUGAUGAACUCGAAAACUAUAUGGUCACCAUGAAAGGCCUGGAGGGUGAGGAAUUGUCUCAAGAAGAUGAUGGAACGAACAGGGCUGCUGAUGAUAAUAUUAAUGGUGAUCCUGAUUCAUCAAGUUUAUUGAAUCCCAAUGUUAAUCUUGAUUAUUUUGGUGGGUUCCUGUGA